CAUUAUUUCCCUUUUCCUCUCUGCCGUCAAGCAUAAGCUGGACCAGCGAGAACAGCUUUGAACCGGUUUGUCUGCCGGAUAGAUGGCGGUAUAUAAAACGGACGCGCUCGUGCUGAUGUCGGGUGCGACCUGCAACACUCGGGCUCAGAUGCUUCCCUCUCCAUUUCAUCCAUGCUGAGUAUACACCGGGGGUUUAUUAUAGGGGAGCCCGUCCUGUUUAUGGGAUCUCCCUAUAGGCGGGUGCGCUCCUCUCUUGCAGGUGUCUGCUGCUGUUUUUGUUGCUAAGGAGGAAUCCCUCUUGUGUCGAGGCUAUAUCAUAUCCUAGAAGGGAAUACCUGCACGAUGGUUUCAUCAGCCAAAGCCUUGGACGGAGGCUGGGGAUGGGUGAUUGUCAUUGCCUCCUUCAUGGCACAGCUCCUAGCCUACGGAUCGCCGCAGUCAGUGGGCGUCCUCUACCCGGAGUGGCUGCAGACUUUCCAGGAGGGGAAAGGCAUGACGGCCUGGGUUGGCUCCCUUGUCUCUGGAGUGGGACUCAUAGCCAGUCCUAUCUGCAGUGCUUGUGUGGACAAUUUUGGGGCACGUCCCGUGACUGUCUUCAGUGGCGUGAUGGUGGCGGGGGGACUGAUGCUCAGUGCCUUUGCUCCCAAUGUCCAGUUCCUCAUAUUCUCCUACGGGAUCGUCGUCGGCCUCGGCUGUGGCCUUGUCUUUGCCGCCACGUUGACCAUCACCUGUCAGUACUUUGACAAGAGACGCGGCCUUGCCCUCGGCAUUGUCACCACAGGUACCAGUUUUGGAGCAUUUGUCUACGCCACUGUGCAGAAUGAGCUGAUUGUGAUAUUUGGCCUGGAUGGCUGUCUGCUAAUCACUGGGGCCUUGUCACUAAACCUCAUGGCCUGUGCUGGCUUCAUGAGGCCCCUCAACAUGCCAAGGUACUACCUCAAACAGAAAGCUGCCCUCGAACGCAACACAGAAGAGCAGCUCUUUGAAAAGCCCCCAGCAAAUGACCUGAAGAUUGCACCUGGAUCCUCAACCAGCCCCCCAGAAAAAGCCCUGAUGGUCAAGGAGCUUCUCAUCACCAUCGAUGCCAAGGACUUGCCAAUCCAGACAGAGAGAAAGAGGUGUGGCUUCCUGGGAGGUUCAGCCAUUAUGAAAGUCAUCAAGAGGAAGCAGCAGGCAUACACUAAGUACUUUCACUCAAUGGUCGACCACCUACACAACCGUGUCAUGGUGGCCCUCUGUAUCGCUGUCUUUCUCUUCAGUCUCGGGGCAUUUCCUCCUGUGCUCUUUAUGGAGGACGUGGCUCGAAGUGAAGGACUGAUUGAAGAGGUUAGCGUCAUCCCUCUGGUGUCCAUCGUAGCCAUCACAACUGGUUUGGGCAAGCUGGUACUGGGUGCCCUGGCAGAUGUUCGGUGGAUCAACAGCAUCUACCUUUAUGCUUUCACUCUGAUUGUGUCAGGUACGGCACUGCUCCUCAUACCUGUCACUAAGAGUUAUAUGGUACUGCAGAUCCUCUCCGCCGUGGUGGGCUUCUUCUCUGGAAACUGGUCCCUCACCUCCUACAUCACCACCCAGAUUGUCGGUCUGGAAAGACUUACCCAAGCCCAUGGUGUACUCAUGUUCUUUGGAGGCUUUGGGAUAGUACUGGGGCCACCUAUUGUAGGGUGGUUCUUUGACUGGACGCAAUCCUAUGACCUGGCAUUCUUCUUCAGCGGAUGCUGUGUGGUGCUGGGAGGACUAACCCUCUUUUUCUUUGCCCUUCCCUUCUGGGACAGGAAACAAUCCCAGAAUGACAGGGCGGAUGUCCAGUACACCAGCAACUGUGACAAAGUUGCCUCUGUAGCAUGAACACUGUGACUUUACACAAGGACCCUCGCCUUGCCUACUGCUGCCCUGAAACCAUCAAGCCACUCUCAACAAGAAAAAAGCAACAAAUUCUUUUUUACCUACGCCACUAUUGACAAAAGAUAUCUUGUAUCUUUGACUAGAGUUGGGUUUUUCCCCUUUUUAUACUCGUGCCAAAUUUCAACAAACACGAAUUCCCCCACAAAGGCUUUGAAUUACAUAGGCGAGGUCUUUGCUUGUUAUGAAGACUCAUACUGUAUCAUAGUUUUUGGUUUUUUUGUUUGUUUUUUCAAGAUUUGACUCAGAUACCUGCGUUGAAUCUAUUAUAAUGUUGCCUCAUUUUACGAGGCCAACCCAUCAACUUGGCGCCUAUCUCAGAAGUUAACAUUAUUUUUAAGCGAUGCCUGAAGAAGUCCACUGGUUUCAAAAGAACAAAAGGCAUUUUCUUUGGUUACCCUGUGGAACAAAAUAGUGGAUAUUAGUUAAAACACAGUAAUGGCUGUUUAAGUCAGUCAGUGCCACUGAACUGUACAAUCAUGCAAAUUUCCAAUUCCAAACUGUUGCCAGGAACCUCACCUUUAAAAGAAAAUGCAGAGGUUGGAAAUGAGGGAAUGCACUGUACAAGAAUUAUAUGACUUUCUGCACAUUUUUAUUAUUUAUUUUAUAUCUGGGUCUUAAUCACACUCCUGUGUAUUUUACCAAAGCACCAGGAUGCCUGUCCUUAUGUAGACGCCUGUUUAAGAAUAGAGCCUUGCUUUUUUAACUGCACUGAACUUGGACUGUGUUUCUGCUGUUUGAAAUUGUUUUAGUUUGAUAGAAAUGGCUCACAUUUCUUGACCAGGUGAAGACCUUAUUGAAUACGUUGAUGAUAUUAUGGUGGCGGAGAACCAAACAACUGGGAGAGCCGACGCUUUCCCACUUGAAAGUCCUCUGCUAGCGUGCUAGUUUGCUAUGUGUGGCAUGAGCACAAUGACCCCACUUUAUUACAUUUACUUUAUACCAGGCUGGUCCUUUCCAUUUUGUUUAACGAUAUUUAGGACAAGUAAAUGAAUGCACAUGUGUUUGUGUGUGAGUGUGUGUGUGUGUGUGUGUGUGUGUGUGUGUGCGCGCGUGUGUGCGUGUGUGUGUGUGUGCUUGUUUGACGUGUUUUUUGAAACAGCGUUAUUGUGUAAAGUCUUCUUAUAAUAUUUAAGGGACAUUUGUAUACACUGAGCCAGUCAUAAAUCCUCAAAGUACUUGGGCCUUUUGUAAAAAUGUCAUUGGUUCAAUUUGUUUGUAAAGAAUAGAUAGCUUAUCAAGAUUAUAACUAAAAGGAAUUCUUUGCAAUAGGCAAACAUAGUCACUUGAAUGUUGUAUAUAAAAAUGUAACGUCCCACAAAUGUCCGCUUGGUAGUCAAGAUUAUUUUUUUUGCUCCCAGUUUUUGAAAAAAAAAAAAAACAUUUAUGACAUGCAAAUGAAAUGCAAACACCCCUUGGGCUGCCACUUUGAUUUUAACCACUUUGUCUUACUCUUUACAUGUCAGUGUUAUAGUAUUUGUCUUUUUUCUGUUAUGAUUAUUUUCAUAUUUAAAAAGUGCCAAUAAAUUAUAUUUGAUUCAUCAUG